AUGGGCACCCUCCGGAAAUUACUCGAGAAACACGGCAAGAGGAAAGCCAUUGUUGGUUUGACAGCAUGGGAUUACCCUAGCGGUCUUUUGGCCCAACGUGCAGGUGGGAUUGAUAUGGUCCUCGUGAGCGACUCUCUGGGGAAGAUCGUAUUGGGACUUCCCGGGUCAAUUGGGUUGAGUUUGGACGAUAUGAUUCAUCAUGCUAAAGCAGUUGCCCGCGCUGUCAAAACCCCAUUCUUGCUGGCUGAUUUACCAAUGGGAAGUUAUGAGAUAUCACCGGAACAAGCCCUGACGUCCGCCAUCCGCAUGAUCAAAGAAGCGCCUGGGGUAUCGGGGGUAAAGCUCGAGGGCGGUAAAGAAAUAAUUCCACAGGUUUCCAAGAUCACCUCUGCCGGCAUCCCGGUGUUUUGUCAGGUGGGCAUAACACCGCAGCGAACGAUCCAGACGGCGAAUGAUGAGGAGGGCACGGGGAGGAGUGAAGUGAGCGCUAGUGAGAUAUUCGACGAUGCGAUAUGCCUUCAGAAUGCUGGCGCUGUGGGCAUCAUGUUGACUGCUGUGUCGCAAGAAGCAGCGAAGCUGAUGAGGGAUCAUCUGACGGUUCCCACUAUUGGUAUAGGGUAUGGCCUUUUCGCUUUUGGGGCUGUUUGUAAGGUUUGA